AUGGCGGUCAAGCGUUUUGAUGUUCCUCGCACUAUAGUUUUGAUGCAAGUUCUGACUGGUGGCCUAGGAGGCGCAUUGUCGUUUGAUGCAACUUUCGAAAGGAUUAACUUGGCUGAUGUGAGCUACUACGAACCUAAGUGUCCUCCCCAAGUGCUGGACAUGCCCCCAAGUCGGGCGGGGUCCAGCAUAUCUUGUGCCAUGCGCUGCCUCGCUAACACAGGCUGCUCGUUUUUCUCUGUCCCAGGUAAUGCUUGCUGGCUGUGGUCGUUCCCUCUGGACGCGAGUUACAACAAGGCGGUGUUCUCGGUGCCCACCGUGCUAUCCUACCGACCUCGGCUGGAUCCUUCGUCUUUCCCUACGGACGUCGCCAUCGGGAAACCUGUUACCUGGGGCAGCAAUCACACCAUCUAUGCCCAGGCCCCAAUGCUCACUCGAGGUAGCUGGUGUCUGCCUAACGGCACGGACUGCUACGGCAGUUUGGUGCAGGGCAACUGGGCGACGGUUGAUUUGCUGCAGAGUCUGCCGGUAACUAGAGUGACUCUCACAGCACCUGCAGGAUCCAAAAUUGAUUUCUUCUACAACAUCGUUGUGCGAGCUGGAAACACAGGAACCAAAUCAGAUCCCAAGAUUGGAGUCACACCGAUGUUUGCCACUGACAACCAAGUGAUCCAAUUUAAAGUGUCUGGAAGUGUUCGCUACGUCCGCAUACAAAACGAGGCCGAACUGAAGUCAAUCUUGGUCUGCAAGCUGCAAGCUUUCCUGUAAAGAGAGAGAACCGCAGACCAAGCGCCGUACUGUCAAAAAAUAUAUAGAAGAUCGUAACUCCUUCAGCCAAUCACUAAUAGCUUUUUAAGCUAAACGCACCAAUCACAAACGAGAAAUUGGCCGCUACGUGUACUUAGAUCGCUAGGUGGUCUUG